AUGGCAAAACUUGUAAAACGUAAAAACGUAAUAGCUAGACGUGUGAACAAACAUCUACCUGUCGUCCUGUUAGGAUCAAGAUGUCACAUACCACCGAGAUAUCUAAGAAAACCUCCAAAACUUAAAAAACCUCCAGCCCCACUCAAAGAUGAACGAGAUUGGAUCUAUCCAAACACAUAUACGGUACAAGAUUUUUUAAUGUUUUAUAAAGUACUCGAUGCUGUAGCUAAAGUUUACGAAAGACCCCCACAUAAAGAAGAGAAUUACCCUCCUGUAAAUAAUGAAGAUUCUAGUUAUCUCUAUACACAUUUGAAAUAUAUAAUUUACAAAGAAAGUAAAACAAAAGGAUGCUGCAUUUUUUCAAAGUAUAAGAAAGGUUCUAGAACUAGAACAGAAAAUGUUUGUUUCAGAUUACCAAUGCCUAUUAUUAAAUGCAUUAGAAAACUAAAUCUUAAUUGGAGAACUGAAAUCAAACAACCUUCUGUUCCAGCUACUUGGAUUGUAUGUUGGUUAAACAGAAUUUGGCCAGAUACAAGUAUAAAUCCUUAUCAAGGACCAUAUGUAUUGUGCAAUUCUUGUAAAAAUAUUGGAUGUCUCAAUCCAAAGCAUCUCUCCUGGAGAAAUUAA